GAAGAGAAGCGCAGCCUCAAUCUCGGGGGCCAUGUUGGAUUCGACAGCCUCCCCGACCAACUGGUCAGCAAAUCGGUCACACAGGGUUUUUGCUUUAACAUCCUCUGCGUAGGGGAGACGGGCAUCGGAAAAUCGACGCUAAUGAACACGCUCUUUAAUACCACGUUUGAGAAUGAGGAAGCCAGCCAUUACCAGAACGGCGUCUACCUCCGUCCGCGGACGUACGACCUGCAGGAGAGCAACGUUCACCUCAAACUCACCAUCGUAGACACCGUCGGGUUCGGGGACCAGAUCAACAAAGAUGACAGUUACAAACCCAUCGUGGACUACAUCGACACUCAGUUUGAAAACUACCUUCAAGAAGAGCUGAAGAUCAAGCGCUCUCUGUUCAACUACCACGAUACCAGGAUCCACAUCUGCUUGUACUUCAUUGCACCAACUGGACACUCACUCAAGUCCUUGGACCUUGUAACCAUGAAGAAACUAGAUAGCAAGGUCAGUAUCAUUCCCAUCAUCGCCAAAGCUGAUACGAUCUCCAAGAGCGAACUCCACAAAUUCAAAAUCAAAAUUAUGAGCGAGCUGGUGAGCAACGGCGUCCAAAUCUACCAAUUCCCGACAGACGACGAAGCCGUCAGCGAGAUCAACUCGUCCAUGAAUGCCCAUCUGCCUUUUGCUGUGGUGGGAAGCGUGGAAGAAGUUAAGGUUGGGAACAAAACGGUGAGGGCGAGGCAGUACCCCUGGGGCGUGGUGCAAGUGGAGAACGAGAGCCACUGCGACUUCGUCAAGCUGCGGGAGAUGCUGAUUCGAGUCAACAUGGAGGAUCUGAGGGAGCAGACGCACGCCCGACACUAUGAGCUGUACAGACGCUGCAAGCUAGAGGAGAUGGGCUUCAAAGACACUGACCCUGACAGCCAGCCCUUCAGUCUUCAGGAAACUUAUGAAGCCAAGAGAAAAGAGUUCUUGGGAGACCUGCAACGCAAAGAGGAAGAAAUGCGACAAAUGUUUGUCAACAAAGUCAAGGAAACGGAGGCAGAGCUAAAAGAGAAGGAGCGAGAGCUGCAUGACAAGUUUGAGCAGCUGAAGCGCAUGCACCAGGAGGAGAAGAAGAAAGUGGAGGAGAAGCGGCGAGACCUGGAGGAGGAGAUGAACGCCUUCAAUAGGAAGAAGGUGGCCGCUGAGACGCUCUCGCUAUCUCAGCCGCUCAAGAAAGACAAGGACAAGAAAAACAGAUCUGUAAAAACAGAGAACCAAUCGGGUGUGAGCGCCUCCAGCUCCAAGGUGAUGAUGGCCAAGGCUAAUGUGGAACCCUUGAACUGCCAAAGCUGGUGGCAGGCCAUACAGUGCUGCACCUGCCUGGUCCACAGCGCCACCUGGAAGCCCGGAGGUCUCUUCUGA